CCACAAUUUACAAGGCCAAAUAACGUUUGUCGGGACAGCUAAUAUUUAUUAUAAUGUUUUUGUUAUUAUAUUGGAAAAAAGCAUUCGAAAGAGUUUUUAAUAUUAACAAAAAAUAACGCGUAAUCGCUAUUCACAUACUCGUGUGUUUGUUGUGCAAAUUGUAUUUCUGCACUACUGUAUUAUUCGUAUCAAUAUGCUAUCGGCUCACAAGGCUAUUUAAAUUUUAAAUCGAGUCCUUUGUCCGGGUGUCCAAUUGUGAUUUCCGAGAAUCACAAUACAACGGGAACUGUAAAUAUAUAUCGAAUAGUAUAACAUUAAAUUCAAUAUUGUACUUGCCAAGCUAUUGGUAUUAAAACUAGUUUUACUCAUUGCUAUAGAAUUUUCAGUCGAUCCAUCGAGACCUAUUACAAUGAGUUGAUAUGAAAAAUUCUGUGUAUUAGAAAAGUGAUUAAGACAAUUUAAAGAUGUCAAAUAAAUAACAGUACUUGCACAAAAUUGGAUUCGACGAAGCGAAAAUGUCCGACAAAGAAAACAAAUUGGAAAGGCUGAAGAAUCGCCUGAUCAAACUACACGAAAAGAUCAACAAUCGUGUAGAAGACUUUCAGGAUCAGAUGCAAACUAAAAUAGAAGCAAAAAUAUCGAAGCUUAAGUCAAAUCUUUCAGAAGACAGAAGUUCUAAUGGAGACCGAGAAACGAAUUCUGAUGAUAAAGACCCUACAGAUGAAACGUCUUCAAAUUCAACAGAUACACAAACAGAUCGAUUAUCGAUUCCAUCUGUCAUUAUAGAUGAACCUAUGAACGUCGAUCCUAAACAGAUUUGCAAAGAAUUCCUUACAGUAGAAAGAAAUGGCGUUCUAUAUAGGAGAUGUGUGUCGACAUCAAACCUAGCUAUAGAUGAUGACUGCAGCUUCUACAGUUCGAGUGAAUCCUGUUUAUCUCGCCUGUCUUCUAGUGAUGAAAGAACGUCAGAAAUCCGCCCAAGAGCUGGAAGUCUACCACCUGGAUCCAAACGCAACAUUCCAACUCCAAAUAACACCUGUUGUGAACUCCUCGAGAAGAUUGGCAACCGGUUCCCUCGGCUUAUGAGGAAAGGCGACAGUAUUCAUAGGUACCUGCUGAAGAACACUCGGCUGAGCGACGUGAACAAGCGGCUGAAGGCGCAGAUAUGGAGCUCCGUGGUGACUAUCGUGCUGGUGGAGGCCAAGAACCUGCCCGCCAUGGAUGUGGAGACCAGAUCCAGUGACCCUUAUUGUAAAUUUAGGUUAGGAAACGAGAAAUACAAAAGUAAAGUAAUAUGGAAGACACUCCAUCCUUCGUGGCUGGAACAGUUCGACCUACAUCUAUACGACGACCAGGAACAAAUACUAGAAGUAACCGUAUGGGACAAAGACAAACAGACGAAAGAUGACUUUUUAGGAAGAUGUGCGAUAGACUUAUCCCGGUUAGAAAGAGAGAAGACGCACAACAUAUGGCAAGAAUUGGAAGACGGGAAUGGGCAGAUAUUUCUCCUCCUCACAAUCAGUGGCACCACCCAGUCAGAGACUAUCACAGACCUCGCCAGUUAUAGGGAGAAUCCUAGAGAUAUCGAAAUUAUAGAGAGGAGAUAUACGUGGUAUCGCCUAAAUGAAACAACAAGCGGAGUAGGUUGGCUGUGCGUCAAAGUUUACGGCGCUAAAGGCUUAGCGGCGGCCGAUUUAGGAGGAAAAUCAGAUCCCUUCUGUGUACUCGAGCUGGGAAACUCGAGACUACAAACGCAUACUGAGUAUAAGACAUUAACGCCCAACUGGAUGAAGAUAUUUACAUUCACAGUAAAAGACAUAAGCUCAAUACUAGAAUUAACAGUAUACGAUGAAGACCACGACCAUAAAGUAGAGUUUCUCGGAAAGUUAGCAGUACCGUUACUGAACAUAAGGAACGGGGAGAAAAGGUGGUUCGCAUUGAAAGACAAGAAGAUGAGAGCACGCGCGAAAGGCAACUACCCGCAAAUAUUGCUGGAAAUGAGUGUAAUAUGGAAUCCGCUCAAAGCAGCAAUACGAGUGGUCAACCCAAUAGAGCCGAAGUACAUGCAUCAAGAAGCAAAAUUCAAGAGGCAACUCUUCAUACGAAAUGUCAUGAGACUAAAAGCUAUUAUUAUGUGGUUUUUAGAAUUUGGCAAAAUUUUACAAGACUGUUUUGAAUGGGAAUCUAGACUGAGAUCGUUUAUUGGUCUUCUCGCGUGGUUAGCGUUUUGCUACAACUACCAAAUGUGGAUGAUGCCUUUCCUACUGCUUGUCUUCUUUACAAGGAACUGGCUCAUUUAUAGGUUGACUGGUUUUAUAGCUAAAGUAAAACGACUUAGAUGUUUACCGUGGGUGUUCGUUACUCGUAGCACGGUUUACAGAGGUAAUCCUUUACUAAUUCCUGUGGACGAUGAUGACUUACAAGCGGAAGAAGACGAUGAAGAGGAAGUAGAUAAGGAAGAGAAGAAAUCUCUGAAGGAGAGAUUACAAGCGAUACAGGAAGUGACGCAGACUGUACAGAACGCGAUAGGCUACGUCGCUUCGUUGGGGGAAGCUGUCAAAAACCUGAUGAACUUUACGGUGCCAUAUCUUAGUUACAUAGCAAUAGUAAUGUUAAUAGGAGCCAUGAUUGUUUUGUACCUGAUACCUUUAAGAUAUCUCCUCAUGGCGUGGGGUAUUAAUAAGUUUACUAGGAAGAUUCUGCGUCCUCACACAAUACCAAAUAAUGAGGUGCUAGACUUAUUAUCGAGAGUUCCAGACGACGAAACUUUAUUGGACAUUAGAGAACUAAAGCCACACGCGCCGAACGAGAACAGAAGAGAUGCAAGAAAGAAACAUAAAGCAUCAUAGCGCACAAUAACUUAGAAAUAAUGAGUUUCCGUUUAUGGUUUAGUGUUGCCAAUCAGCUGCUGUCAAUAUAUCGAUAGUGGAGUAAUAGUCAAAAUAUUGGUAAUUAAUAAUUAUGUACCUACUUAUUUAUUAUUGAUGCUGGUUAAUAUUAUGAUAAUACGUUACCUAUUAUCGAAACAAUUGAUAAUAGAGACGUUAAUAUCAAUAAAUACUAGGUAACUAGAUACGAUGGUAUCUACUGUUGUUCAUCAAUAGAUAUACAAAUUCUUGAAGUCCUCAGAAUAUCUUUAUCAGGAUUCGGACUAGGAAGCUCAUAUUUUUAUAGGCAUGUAUUAUACCUCCCUAACUCCUGGUUGACGGCUUGAUAGGGCAUUUACCCAACACUUUGUAUACUAGUAGGUAAGUAACUCAGUCGAUGCUAUCAAUAUUAUCGAUAAUAUUUUGGAUUGGCAGGACUUGCUAUUAGUGGUUCGGCAACACUAGAUAUACGGAAAGUAAAAUAAUUAUCACCUACCUACUUAUGUAUUAUCAACCCAAUUUCAUGUAAGUAAUAUACUGUGUAAUUUCUAAACCUAAACAAUUGAAACAUAAUUUACGUUAAACUUAAACAAAUCGCUUACGGAUUUAAUAAAACGAAUAGUUUAUCUGUAUUGCGCAUAUUUCAACUUAAAGCGUAAGUAAAGUUCUUGACGCUCUUUGUCAUUUGAAAAUGGCGUUCAUGUCAUUUGUGUUAGGCGCUGUCAAUUUUUGUUCAGGUUUUAGCUGCGGGACUUUUUUUUUUUUUUAUUUUUUCAUAAAAAGGACUCUACGUACCGAAAUUUUGAAAAUUAUGAAUUUUACUUUUACAGAGUUAACUCUGUAAAAGUAAAAUUCAUAAUUUUAUCGACUACACCCACUUUAGGUCACCUACGUUUUCUAACUUAUUCUAACGAAAAAUACAAAAAAGAAGUAAUUCUUAUACUAUUAGGUAAUAAUAAUAUAUUAAUAUGCCGAGUGCUUUUAAGUUACCACCAUAAUAUAUUUUUUCUUCAGUAGGAAUAAUUGAAAUAUUUUUUAUUUAAAAUCGUCAAUACCCUAACAAACUGUGGUAGAAUAUGGGUAAAAUGUGUACCUAAAAAUGAAGACACUCUGACUCGACAAAUUAAAAAAAAUCGGAGGGUAUUCCUAAAAUUGUAGUGCAAAUAUUGGAUAACAAAGUUUGAUUAAAAAAUCUAAAAUCUAAUAUAUUAAAAUAAAGUUGGCCUAAACAGUUAAAACGAAUUCUGUUUGCUGACUUGACAAGCAAAAGUAAUUAUUUAUUCGAGCAAGUGAGAUGAAAAAAAUUAUUACAUAAUUUAUUGUGUAUGUUAAUUUUAAUUUAGUAUUUAAAAUUAUUUAGCAAUUUUCAAAUUUAUCAGCUCAUCGGUAAUUGUACUGCAAUAUAUUAAAAUGUGUUUCCAUUUUGGUAGUUUUUGUAACAACCACUUCUGUGUAAUACCAAUUAAGAACCAAAAUGCACAUAAAAUAAUGAAAAAAUAAAAUACACUGUAUAGUACCUGUUUUAGACGUCCAUUAGAUAUUUUGUUAGUGAUACUAACGAAGGGUAAAUAAUGAUUCAAAUAGUUAUGUAUUACAAAAAAACAUUAACGGCGUUAUUUAUAAACAUGAAAUAAGAUUUUAAACCUCAAUUUUCUUUUUUAGAAUUUAUUUUAGAAUUCAAUUUUCUUCAAUGUUAACCCAAUCACCUACCAUUCCAUACCAUACAAUACCAUACCAAGUCACUUUACUUUGAGGAAAAUUGAGGUUUAAGUUUUAAUUAAUGUUUAUAUAGCCGUAAUCGUUCUUAUUUUAAUUUUAUGAACGAUUUGUUAUUUUGAAUUGUCAUGUCCAAUCGCAUUGUAUUUAAGAUGGUAAAAUAGAAUUAGCACAUUGUACAUAUAUAUUUAUAAAAGAUAUUUCGAAAACAAAGUAGAGAUUUUUUUAUUUUCCAAUAAAUCUCACGUUUUAUUAAUAAAUAUACUUGUCUAGUUUAUAUUUUUACCCGACUGAAAGAAGGGUUAUUAUAUAUAUGCAAUUGAAUCUACCUACAAAACUAAACCACUUUGCUUUUCUUCAUAAUUAGUCUGUCGUUAUCACUAUUAUAACAUUUUUAAGCUUAUAAAAUUUGCGUGGUAUGAGCUGUGAUUUUUAAAUAUAAUAAUAAUAUUGUAAUUUUUGUAUUAUUGCAUGGCAGAUUAGUUUAAAAUAAUAUUUGAAACACCAAUUAAUAACUUAACAAUUUUUAGUUUAAUGAUAAAUAGGUAUAGUAUAGCUGUUUUUAAAUUUCGUAAUACUCACAUCUUCUCUAGGUUUCGCUAGUUAACUUUAAGCUAUAUCGUAUGAUUAUAAGAGGAAUCCUCAUAAAAUAUAUUAUUUGCAAUAAUUGUAAGGAUGUAAAAAACUGAAUAAUGUUAAAAUGUAGAUAGAAUUUUUAAAUAUUUACCAUUGUUUUGUAAGAAAUGUUAUAUUUUUUGUUAAUGUUGGUAUGAAAUAAAAUACAAUUGAAAUAGACAUUUUAGAGUAACUGCAAUAGCAUAAGACUGAGACCAAUCUCAUUAUAUAAGUAUAACUUAUCAUCGAGAAUUAACACUGAAUGUAUCUAUUUCAAAGUUAUAUUUAAACUCCUCUCAUUAAAUAUUUAAUCCUGUUCCAAAAUAUACGUAGCUAUCUUACUUACUCAUAUACUUAAAAUCAAAUUAUAUCAAUAAUUUAAAUUUAUAACCGAUGUUUUGAAUACACAUAUUACAAAAUUAAUCAAAAACGUACAAAAAUAUUUCUCAUUAUAUCUACAAGUCUUAAAACUUAUUUUUGCUAAAAAUAUCUUCAUAAAACGUCUCUAUAGAAAUAAUAUACGAAGAAAUACUAAUAAUUUAUUUUAAUUUAUUAAAAAGAUAUAACAUGUUGACCAUUAAAAAUUCUAGUCAUGCUUAAUAAGCAUUUAUUCUUGAUAUCUUGUUACUUUGCAAAAUAGCACAUCUAAGCACUGUUUCAACUAGAACGCACAUCAUGCACAUUUUAAUGGAUGCAUUGCUGCAACGUUUUUAAUAUAAAAUGGAACUUUUUAUUUUAUUAAGUAGUCUUAUUUAUAAUUGCCAGGGUUAUAUUAUGUUGGUCUUCCAAAAAUAUUAACUUUAGAUCAGAAUUGAAUUUUUUAAUAUGAUUAAUAUUAAGUAGGAGUAUUAUCUGUUUAUUGUUUAAUCUGCAUUAUCUGGCCAAAGAUGUAAUUUACAACUAAAUUUAAGAACUUUCUAGGAACCUACACUACAUUUCGGUACUUAUUAAAAUAUACAAAAAAAAAUAUAUUUAUUAAAUUAAAAUCUCAAAAUCUAAAUUUUCUUUUUAUACAAGAGAAUUUAGAAUACACAUUAAUCACAGUCAUGUUGUAUAUUUGAGUACCUCUACUAUUCACCUUUCAUAGUUAUAAGUUAAUGUUAAGACACAAAGUGAUGAUCAAUGUUAACGCUUUUCAAUUUUUAAGAAAAUUAAAAUUUUAUAACAUUA